AUGGGUGUGCUCGGACUGACGCGAUGGGCAAAUGAGAUGGAGCGCCUCGUCUCGAGCGAGUUUACGCUACCGAUUCCCAGCAGUGCUGGCAAGGCGCAGGAGAACGGCGAGGAGAUCGAGUUGAACCCCGAGGGCGACUGGCUGGUUAUUGAUGCAUGGGCGUGGAUCCACCAUGUGUGGCAUUCCAUGAACACCAAUGUAUACCAAGGUGGUUCGUUCUUGCAUUUCCGUGUGCUUAUGAAGCGCUGGAUUGAUCUCUUACGCUCGGCCAACUUCAAGUUGGUGGUUGUGUUUGACGGCCCCCGCCUGCACCAAAAGAUCGGUACGCUGCUCUCGCGGACGCAGAACUACGUGCGUCUUAACGCGAAGCUUAUGCGCGCUGGCCCCAAGUUGCGUACUGAUCAUGAGUUUGAACAUGCUCGUAUGCUUCCGCGUGGCCUCACAGAGUACGUAUACAGCAUCCUCCACGCCUGCGAUGUCGAAGUCGUGAUGGGCGCCUCGGAAGUGGAUGCCAUUGUGGCCAAGCUGGCUGAUGAGCGUGCUGGAUACGUCUUGAGUCGUGACUCGGACUUUUUGAUUUUGUGUGGCAAUGCGCCGCGGUGCAAGGGCUACAUUUCGCUGGGGUCUGUGGAAUUCAUUGCGCAAGAGACGGCCCCUGCUGCGCCGGAAGCGCCGCCGGCCGAUGACGACGGCUUUAUGACAGUGAGCACUAGCAAGCGGAACAAGAAAGCUGCUCAGCAAGCGAAGAAGGCGCACCUGCCUCAGAUCUUGUCGGCGCCUGUGCUUCCGUCGCAGUCGUCGAUGUUGGUCGAGAACGCGCUGCGAUUCCGUUGCUUCUCAUCGUACAAGUGUGCUGAGCUUCUCAAGAUCCCCAUGACCCUCUUGCCUGUGUUUGCUGCGUUGGUGGGGACAGAGAGCCGCACAUCGGAGCAGAUGGAGCUGUUCAAUGGCGUUUUCCAUGGCGUUUCGAACCGUAUGAGUGUCAUUGCGUCGUUGCUUAGCGAGCAGUACACAGCCAUUCAAGAGGGCACAGCCUUGCCUCCGGUGGCGAGUGAGGAGGCGCCCACGGAUAAAGAGGCGGACGACCACGAUGAAUCGGCUACGCUUGACAUGUCCGAUCCUGUUACGCGUUUGCUCGCUGCGUCUUUCGACAGCAUUGUGGCGUACGGCCGCAAGCGUCGUGGUGCGCCACUGCCUGUUUCGUGGGCAAUGCGCACGUCGAUUGUACAGGCCAUGCAUACCGCGGCCCUGUCGUACAUUCCAGAACAUGGCAGCGAGGCGAUGGAGCGGUUCAUGGCUGCGACGGACGUGGCUGCGCUCAAGACGUACCAGGACGCCUACUGGGCUGGCCACUUUGACCAAGCGCUCGUGUCAGCGAUGCUGGAGCGCCUUUACAUUGCACGUGUGUACCUGGAAGAGCCAGAGGAGCCGCCUGCCCAGCGUGUGAUUGUGCGCCCAAUGCGUCAAGUGGUGUGGUCGCUUCUUUUCUCUGUAUGGCUUACAGCGCAUCCUGAGGAGAAGGUCAAGGUCGAGGAAGCGCUCGAUGCGCUGGAGGUGGCCCAGGAUGAGGCUGAGGCUGAGGUACUUGACGAGGUCGACGUGGAGGAGAAGGUGGACGACGAUGCCGCGGAGGACGACGAGGAGGCCGAGGGCGAGGACGAGGAUGAGGACGAAGAGCCUGAGCCUGAGCCUGAGCCGGAAGAGACGGGACCUGCGCCACUGACCACGGUGACGGAAUAUACACGCACAGAGUACUCUUUGCGCAAAGAGGAGGUGCCGGUGCCGGCGCUCCCUGUGCUGCUGGAGACUAUGUCGCGCACCAAGGCGCUCCCCUCGUCGCUCACGAGCAUUGUCGAUGCGUAUGGCGAAGCGAUGCUGUCUGAUCCGGAGGCUGAGCCGAAGCCCGUGCUUGCGGCGGAGCUUUCCGAGUCGGUACGUAUGGAUUUGUGGCGCUACGUGCACUACUCGAACAUCCCGUCGCUUGAGCAGCUCCCCGCGGACGUUCAGGCGUUUGCCGCCGCGUUGCGCUACACCUUGACGACGAACCAGCAGCGCCUGGGCCACCACCGUACGCGCCACAACUGGUCGAUGGUCGAACUCCAGGCGGCUGUGUACUCUGCCUGCAUUGCGCGUCGGGUGAGCAAGGAAGCGACGCCGACCGAAAUGCAGGCGAUUGUCGAUGCGUACCCUGGCGGCUCGCCCUCCAAUCGGUCCAUUACGUUGUGCACGACGUUGGGCUUUGUGCUCCAGAUGAGUGCCCUGCUUACGCAAACGCUUGCCCUCUCCGACAAGCUUCCGCAUGCGCGCCCUAUGUGGGAGCCGCCGCUGUUCCACGCCUGCCUUGGUGCGACGAUGGAUCCGCAUGCGAAGAAGAUGCCGCCGAGCGAGGCGUGGACUCGCUUUGAGGACCAAGAGCUCUUUGAGAAGGUCAUGAGCGUGGUACUGGAAGGCAACGAGUCUAUUGUGGGUCGUACACGCACUGCCCCUCCUCCAUCCUCGCAAAAGAGCAAUGCGCCGCGUCAGCGCCGUCACCUCGGUCUGCUGGAAGAAACGAUGCUGUAG